CAAGUGGACGACUAGCAAUACCCUUCUUCAUUUCUUACUAUUCCAAAAUCCUUAAUUAUUUCCCAGAUUCGAAGAAACCAUAAGGGUAUUUUCUUACAGUUUCUAUGAGCUGAGUUUCUCCAUGGCCAAACCCAUGAAGUUCUUUCAGAAUCUAAUGAAGUUCAAUUUUGUUUCUGGUACAGAUGAACAGAAUGAAGAGGACUUGGAAACGAUUGCUGUACAGGAACAGAAGUUUUUUUCUUAUGAAACUUUAGUUGCUGCUACCAAAAAUUUUCAUCCUAAUAACAAGCUUGGGGCGGGAGGUUUUGGACCUGUUUACAAGGGGAAAUUAGAUGACGGUCGAGAGGUAGCAGUUAAGAAACUGUCUCAUCGCUCAAGUCAAGGGACUAGGGAAUUUGAGAAUGAGGCCAAGUUGCUGGCUCGCGUGCAGCAUCGUAAUAUUGUUAAUCUGUUAGGCUAUUGUGUCCAUGGUGCGGAGAAGGUAUUGGUUUAUGAAUAUAUCAGGAAUGAAAGCCUCGACAAAUUUCUAUUUAAAUCCGAUAAAAGUUGGAAGCUUGACUGGAAGCGAAGGUUUGACAUUAUCAUUGGAGUUGCUCGGGGAUUGCUUUACCUUCACGAAGAUGCUCACAAACGCAUCAUCCAUAGAGAUAUAAAGGCCAGCAACAUAUUGCUUGAUGACAAGUGGAUGCCAAAGAUUGCUGAUUUUGGCAUGGCUCGCCUCUUUCCUGAAGAUGAAACACAUGUUAACACCCGUGUAAGCGGUACAAAUGGAUAUAUGGCGCCCGAGUAUGUCAUGCAUGGUCAUUUAUCAGUUAAGGCAGAUGUGUUUAGCUUUGGGGUUGUAGUUUUGGAGCUGAUCAGUGAACAGAAGAAUUCAAACUUCAAUUUAGAUGUAGAUGCACAGAAUCUGCUUGAUUGGGCAUAUAAACUCUACAAGAAAGGGAGGACCCUAGAGAUUGUGGACUCCAAAUUAGCAGAGUCACAGGCUGCUGACCAAAUAGCAAUGUGCAUACAAAUAGCAUUGCUAUGCACACAAGGCGAUCCUCGAUUACGACCCGACAUGAGACGUGUUGUCAUUAUGCUAUCAAAGAAACCGGGACCUGGCAAUCUAGAAGAACCAACAAGGCCCGGAAUGCCAGGUUCUAGACCCAGAAGAGCUCACAGGCCAGCAGCAUUUUUGUCGUCGACUGCUGGAACACCUGGUGGUGAGACCAGAAGUUCUUCCAGUUCACAUUCAUACCAUUCAAGCUAUACCCAUACAGCUCCUGCUUCAUCGAGUACUUGUACCAUAAGCCCCCGAAACGAUCCUCAUGGGAAACAGCCGAUGGAGAAUUAGGCUUAGCAGUGUAGGAGAUUUCUGCUCAUUCUUUUUGUGAAUAUAGUAAGAAAAUUUUGUGUUUCGUUUGGUAUUGUGUAAAUGAAAUUGAGGAACUAUGUACAACAUGAAUAUCAUAUAAUUGUAAGUAUAUGAUAUAUGUUGUUAAAUACUAAAUAACUUUUCACAUGCUGACAUUCAAUCUGAUAUGGUCACGGUCACCUUCCCUGGAUCCAUGGCCAUGACCUUGCCCUUGCAUC